AUGGACAGCGAGAUUCCUCUCCCACCGCCACGGCGAAUCCGGCACCGCUCGCCAGCGACCACGAACCCCUCAACAGGCAUAGCAGUUUCCUCGGUCCAGCGCGCGCAGCAAUUGUCUCGCUUCGAUGACCGCUCUAGCCAGCCAUCUAGUGAUCCUGCGCUCUUCUCCAGUGACGAUAUUCCAGCUUCCGGGCUGGAGAACUACCAUGCGACAGUGUCAGGCGCGGGCCGGAAACGUCGGUAUCGCGGGACCUGGUGGGGGGAACAGGUGCUAGAUCCGAAGCGGAAACGGGCGGACUUUAAGGAUAAGAGAAACGUCGACAGUGGUGUGUGGAUGGGAAGUGAUGAGUCUGGUGCUGACUCGCUUUUGCCGUCGGAGGAUGGCUCGGCGUGGGGGGAAGACUUGCGCAAGUCUGUGCUUGAUCCUAGAAAAUCUGGCUCUACACCUUUCCUUGUCGAGGCGGAGAGCAUACCUGCGCACACUCGUGUUGUGUUUAAAAGUCCUGAAGAGUCCGAGGCCCAUCGGUUUGCGCGGGAGGUUGUCAGCGAUUGCCUUGAUAAGGGACACGAGAGCAUUGAUCUAGGCGACUUCCAUCUGAAAACGAUACCAUCCGGUCUUCUGCGACCUCUACAACACCUGACGAAGCUUCCAUCAGUCAAGGAAGCCCCAGUCUCAGAGAACGUCUUCACAUCUCUGCAGUCAUCCCUUCACAUAUAUCUCCCCAACAAUUCCCUAUCAACCCUACACAACGAUCUCUUCGAGCUCAACAACCUCAAAGUCCUCAGCUUGCGCAACAACAGGUUGACCGAAAUCCCAUCUAAAAUCCGCAGACUGGCAGCACUGGAAGUCCUAAACCUUUCAGUCAACCAAUUGACCUACCUUCCCUGGGAGAUUCUCAAACUCACGCAGCAAGGUGAACUAAAACACCUGAUCGUACGCCCGAAUCCAUUCAUCCAAAUCGAAGAAGCGCAGAUCGCAGAAUGGCACUACAAAUCGAACUAUAAAAAGGAAGCAGAGAACGACGAGGAUUCAGAGAAUGAUGAGGAUUCAUCUCUUCCACUCCAAUUCCAAGAACAGGAAUCUUCUCUCAACGAGGGCUGGACCCCUAUCUACGUCGCAACAAGCCCAAUCACCUACAUGAAUAUGGAGGGCAAUACCAUGGGGGACAGCUCAUCCCACAACAGACUCACCCUCGCACCGUCAGGACCCGCAUCACCUGUAAACAACGCCCCGUCCCUACGCGAAGUCGCGCUCCGCGCAGUGAGCAAGCUCCCCUACCUGGAACAAACCACCGACGAAGAGCUAGCUGAGUAUCCGGCGCUGAUAGUGCCCUUAUUGCAACGAGCAAGGGAAGUACGCGCUGCAGGUGGACAGCCCUGCUCCGUAUGUCAGCGAGAAUACAUAAUUCCCCGCACAGAAUGGAUGGAGUGGUGGGAUAUCACUCCAUGUGAGAAUGGGAUGAAGAUGCCUCGCUGUCCUGGUGAGAAGCUUCGGCCUUUGCCGUUCAAACGGUUUGGUUGUAGCUUGUCGUGUGUGCCGGGGUCGUGCUAA